UUAUAUUGAAAUCACUGUGUUCACUGAAGAAAGACAUACGGUUUUGGAAUGACAUAAGGGUAAGUAAAUGAUGACAAACUUUUCAUUUUUGUGUCAAUCAUUCCUGAAGGUUUCAAUUUAUGACUGAGCAGUCUUUCUGCCUACAGGUACACUGGUUAAUCUAUAUUUGCUGUGGAACAACACACCUUUCAGCAAUACCUCUUUUCCUGUAUCACAGUGGUAGAGUUUUUAUUAUCUUUGGAAGAGGUAGAGGAGAAGUUUCCUUGUUCCUGAGGGUUUUACCUCUCAUACUAAGCAAAAACCUUAAACUCUUGUGUGUGUGGCCGCAUCCUACAGAGUAACUGUGACAGUGCUGAGUGGGGCGCACACAGCGCCUCAAUGAACGUCACCUCGCUCUUCUCCUUCACCAGCCCAGCGGUCAAGCGACUGUUGGGCUGGAAGCAAGGCGACGAAGAGGAGAAGUGGGCGGAAAAGGCGGUGGACGCACUGGUCAAGAAGUUGAAGAAGAAGAAGGGUGCCAUGGAGGAGCUUGAGAGGGCCCUCAGCUGCCCUGGUCAGCCCAGCAGCUGCGUCACAAUCCCUCGCUCGCUGGAUGGGAGGCUCCAGGUGUCGCACCGGAAGGGGCUGCCUCAUGUCAUAUAUUGCCGCGUGUGGCGUUGGCCCGACCUGCAGUCACACCAUGAGCUUAAAGCCCUAGAGUGCUGUGAGUUCCCCUUUGGAUCAAAGCAGAAGGAUGUGUGCAUCAACCCCUACCACUACAAGAGGGUCGACAGUCCAGUACUGCCUCCAGUGCUGGUGCCACGAAACAGCGAGUUCAACGCUAAAAUCUCUAUGCUGCCACGUUUCCUUAACCCACUGCAGCAGACAGAGCCCCACAUGCCUCAAAAUGCCACCUUCCCAGAUUCUUUCCCCCAGCAGCCAGCAAACCCCCUUCACUUUACCCCAAACUCCCCAACCAACAGCUACCCUAGUUCACCCAACAGUGGCACAGGCAGUACAGCCACCUUUCCCCAUUCACCCUCCAGCUCUGAUCCAGGAAGCCCCUUUCAGAUCCCAGAGGAGCCAGUGACACAGGACUGUCCCCAGCCAAUGGACACUAACCUACUUGCUCCGAACCUGCCUCUGGAGAUCAACAACCUGCCAGAUGUUCAGCCUGUGGCCUAUGAGGAACCCAAGCACUGGUGCUCUAUUAUGUACUAUGAGCUAAAUAAUCGGGUGGGAGAAGCCUUCCAGGCCUCUUCCACAAGUGUACUGGUGGACGGCUUUACGGACCCCUCCAACAACCGCAGCCGCUUCUGCCUGGGUCUGCUGUCAAAUGUCAACCGCAACUCCACCAUUGAGAACACAAGACGCCACAUUGGAAAAGGAGUCCAUUUGUACUAUGUGGGAGGAGAGGUUUAUGCUGAAUGUUUGAGUGACAGCAGUAUCUUCGUCCAGAGCCGUAACUGCAACUACCACCACGGCUUCCACCCCACCACUGUAUGCAAGAUCCCCAGUCGCUGCAGCCUUAAGAUCUUCAACAACCAGGAGUUUGCGGAGCUCCUGGCACAGUCGGUCAAUCAUGGUUUUGAAGCCGUCUAUGAGCUCACCAAGAUGUGCACCAUACGCAUGAGCUUUGUAAAGGGUUGGGGUGCAGAGUACCAUAGACAGGAUGUGACAAGCACACCAUGCUGGAUUGAGAUUCAUCUUCACGGACCGCUGCAGUGGCUAGAUAAAGUCCUCACCCAGAUGGGCUCCCCUCAAUACCCCAUUUCAUCUGUGUCCUAAACAGAGCUGUUCAUAAAGCAAUGGUUGGCAGAACCCUCUCAAUCAGGGUUCCCAUGGAGCAUUUGAUUGGUUAAAGGGAGAGAGGGGUGGGUGGGGUUUGUAUUUUACUUGAAGACGGUUAAAUUGGGGGCAUACAAUUUGGCUGAAGAGUCCUCAGCUCUCAACCUGAAAGAAUCUGGAAAAUACUUGACAACUUUGUUUGGUCAAGCAUGUUAAAUGAUGAGGCCAUCAAACGUGUAGCAAGUAUCCUCCUUGUGAAAGAAAUUGGGCUUUUAGCUGUUUGUUUUCUUUGUUUAUUGCAUUUCUCCUCCUUUUUCAA